UACCUACUCACUUAUAAUGUACUCUUACAAAACGACAUGUUAUAUAUGUCAAAAUCGAGCUAUCGUAAUACAUUUAUUCGAUUGUGUUAAUAAUCAGAUGCGCCACCCUACCUAAUUAUAAAUCGAGUCAUUCAGGUAGUCUCGUUUUUUUAUUUGUUCUACCGUGCACAUCGGUUGUUCCGCUGAUAAAGUAUAAUCGAUUUCAUAUAUUUUAUAGUUUUUGAGAACUGUCAAUUAGACCUAUUAAUCUGGUUUGUAAUAACAAUUAUAAUAAUAAUAUGGACGAUAAGGAAAAAUUGUUUGAUGUCGUCAUCUCCGGCGUGGGUGGCAAAUUUCCCAAGUCUGAAAACAUCGAACAACUUAAGAUAAAUUUAAAUAAUAAAGUUAAUAUGGUAACCGAAAACGAUUGCAGAUGGAAUAAAGGUAAGUUCUCUAUGAGUACUUAAUACCUAUAUAAUGCAGAAUACAGAACUACAUUAAUUUACCAAGAAAAAACAUAUUUAUUUUUAUUUAAUAUUCCAUUUAUAAACUCUAUAGGUGUCCAUAAUCGUAAAUAGGUUAAUCGGAAAACAAAUGAAAUUUAGUUUUUUCAAUAUUAGACGAAUAAAAAAGAGUUUUUAUAUUGUUUUCAUUAAAAAAAAAAAAGAUGUCCAAGAAUAAGGGGACGGGUGCAGUUAUUGUUAUAGAUGAUUUAAUAUAACGUAACGUAACCUGUAAGUAUCAAUAAACCAUUGCUUAUGAAAAAACGAUUCUGAAAAAAUUUAAUUUGAUAGUGAUGCUUUGUCAACAUUAUAUAUCUAAUUUUAUAGUAAAAUAAUGAAAUAGGCUUUCGAUAUUUUCUUUAAUAAUAUUUGUUUAAUGUUAUACCGUUUUUCCCGGUUUUCCCAGGUUUUAUCCCGAUUUUUCACAUUUGCUGGGAAAACUCCUGAGAAAAUCAAAAAAUAACCUCUCUAAAGUACCUCUCUAGUAAAAUUUCCUUUUAGAAACAUUGCUAUCAUUAAUAGUUGAAGCAAAAUUGCUGGUUGGAAAGUUGUGCACAGGAAAAAAAAUAGUAAUAUUUUAGUAAUAUAUUUCAUAUAAUUUCCCGUUUUCUUUGUGGUUUUUCAAAUUUUAUGAGAAAACCCUUGAUAAUUAUGAAAAAUGAUAUCUUCAAAACACCUCUCCAUACCGAUUUCUUUUCCGAAAAGGUGCUACACUUGAAAAUUGGCGCAAAAUGUCUAGUAGAAAAUUUGUUUACAGAAAAAAAAUAUGCAUCACUGUAAAAUCAAUACAUUCCUUGCUCCGUUCAGAAUCUAAAAUUAUACUAAAUUACAGAUAUUUAUAAAAUCUAAAAUCGAUAUAACAUAAAAUCAUAUUAUUCUAAACAACAUAAUUUAUAAAGUAAACAAAAUAAUUUAUUUUUUAUACUUUGAGCACCAAUAACUACGAAGCAUUAUUAAUUUUACAUAUAUGUAAUUUUUUUCUCGAAAAACACUUUCAAUUAGUAAAAGUGCUCUGACUUUUUCAUAUUUUAAAUAUUAUAUAGGUAAUCAAUUAAUAAUUAUCUAAAUAGGCCAAUUAAAACAAAAAUGAUCACCAAACAAUAUAAUUCUAGUUCAAUUUAAAUAAUAUUCGUAUUAUAAUUUAUAAUAUAAAAUAAUACAAAGUAUAAAAUCAUAUCGUUUUAGAUGAAUGGCCGGGAAUUCCAGCUGCCACUGGAAAAGUCAGUGUACUGCAAAAAUUAGAUGAUACUUUUAUGGGUAUUAAUUCACGAAUAGUAAAAGCAAUGGAUCCUUUGACCAGAGUUUUAUUAGAAAGAGCUUACGAAGCGAUAAUCGAUGCAGGUAUUCAAAGUUCAAAACGAAUAAAAAAUAUAAUUUGUAUGUGGUGUUAAUUCCUUUUUUUUAUCUAAUCCCCCUGAUGAGGACUGAAUCCGAAACAUUUAUACGGAUCUCAAACAUCUGUAUAUACUGCUUCGUGUGUUAGUGACAGCGAAGCAAUUGGAUGCGAUGAGAAAUUAACUACACCAUUUUGGCUUCUUGCACACGUCAGAGCACUUUUGGCGAAUCGUGUUUCAAAUUUACUCAACUUACAAGGACCAAGCUACACAAUUGACUCGUCCUGGAUCGGAGGUAUAGAAAUUUUAAAACAAGCUGCUGACGAUAUUGCUAAAGGCAGAGUCAAAGCAGUAUUAGUUGGUGUUAGUAAUAUUAUUUGGCAUCCUGAUAUGGCAAAACAUUGGAUAGGACUGGAAAAACUUAGUGCUGACGGCAUAUGCAGAUCAUUUGAUGAAAACGGUAUACAAGACUGCGGUUAUUAAUUUCUUUUCUUUUUAAGUUUAUAAACAAAAUUAUUUUAUUUUUAGCUAAUGGAUAUGGUCGGAGCGAAGGAGUUGUUGUACUACUCCUUCAAAGAUCUACUGAAGCAUUACGUUCCUAUGGCAGUAUAAUACAUGCUGACGCCAGAGUUUGUAUGGAAAAAUCAGUAAAUUUUAUACGGCCAUCUGAGGAUUCUUUCCGAGAAUUUUUCAAAUCAUUCUACAAAGAUUGUAAAGUAUCCCCAGAAAGCAUAUCUUAUUUAGAAGCUGAUGGAUCUGGUUGCAAAGUAUUUAUAAGCAACUUUAAUGUAAUAAAAGAUAAAUUACAAAAAUUAAAUGAUUCUUAGUAUUACGAGGAAAAAGAACUCAAUGUAUCAUCAGAGAUUUUCUGUGAAAAUCAAAGGACCUCACCUUUACCAAUUGGAUCAAUCAAAAGUAAUUUAGGGCACACUGAGGGUGCGUCAAGUUUGGUAUCUGUAGUGAAAGCAUUAAUAGCCUUAGAUUCUGGAAUAAUUCCACCCAAUAUAAACUUCCAAUCGCCAAAUAUGAAAAUUGAAGGAUUUAAAAAAAAAACUAUGAAGGUACAAUUGUAUUUUUUUUAUAUAAAACAAAUACAUAAACUUAUAAAAAAAAAUUAAUAGGUGGUAACUGAACCCACAAAAUUAGAGGGGCCUAUUGUUGCAUUAACUACAUUGGGCGUAUCAUCAUCUAUUGGUCAUGUUCUACUUAAGCAAAAUCCAAAAACUAAGGUAUUUUCUCAACUAGGACCUAGUCAAAGAUUAAUUCUUUUAUCAGGUAGAACAGAAAAAAGCAUUUCUGAAUCCAUAGACAAAGUGAAAACAUUACCAAGAGAUGAUGAAUAUUUGGGACUUGUUCAAAAUGCUUUUAGUGAUAAUAUUAUGGGUCACUUUCACAGAGGUUUCGCAUUACUCAACUCAGAAACUUCCCCUACAUUUGGAUUUCAAGUAAGCAAUUAGUUUAAAUUGAAUGAUAUUUUAUAUUGUUGCAAACGUUAUAUAUUUAAUUAGGAAAUGGGCGGAAUAAAUCGUCCUGUAUGGUUUGUUUUUGGUGGUAUGGGUUCACAAUGGCCAGGUAUGGCAUCAGAUUUAAUGGAAAUACCAUGUUUUGCGGAAAGUGUUAAACGAUGCGAUACAUAUAUUCGACCUAUUGGCUUUAACAUCAUUGAUAUUAUUACAAAUCCAGAUCCCAAUAUCCUUAAAAGUAAACCAGUAAUUUCUUUUUUGGCAAUAACUACUAUACACGUGAGUAUAAGUACACAUAUAUUACUAAAAUAUUAUAAUUUUGACACUAUUUUGAGUCUGUGUAAAAUCUAUAUAUUAAACAAAUGUUAAAAUUUUAAAAAAUUAGUUUUAACUUGCAUCAUUUUUUUUAUGAUUUAUUCGUGUUUUAAGAUCGCAUUCGUGGAUUUAUUGGCCAAACUUGGUAUUCACCCAGAUGGCAUGUUUGGACAUUCUUUAGGUGAAAAUGGAUGUGCUUAUGCUGAUGGAUGUUUUAAUACGUAUGAGGCUCUUAUGGCAGCUUAUGCUAGAGGCAGUGUAUCAGAAUUUUUAAAGCCAGAGAAAGGCUUAAUGGCAGCGGUAGGUAAGUGUAAUUUUAUAAAGCAAUGUGUGUUCGAAAUAAUUUAAAACAUUUGAACGUUUUAGGAUUAAAUUAUAAAAACAUACCAGAUUUGCCAUCUAGUAUUGACAUAGGAUGUCAUAAUGCUGAAGAAAACGUAACUCUAUCUGGUCCAGCUGAAGACAUGGAAAACUACUUAGAAACUCUGAAUAAAAGAAAAGUUUUUGUUAGACAAGUAAAUUCUAAUGGUAUAGCAUACCAUUCAAGGAUGGUCUUAAGACAAGCUGAUUUUGUUCAGAAAUUUAUUGAAAAAGUAAAUUAAAUUAGAUUAAUUAGUACUAUCACAUUGUGUAUAUGCAGUAUCGAUUAAUAGUUUAAUUUAUUCUUAGGCAGUUCCAAAUCCAAAGAAACGAUCUGCAAAAUGGAUAUCAACUUCAAUAUCUGAAGACAAUUGGAAUGGUGAUUUAGCACAAUGGAGCUCUGGUCAAUAUCAUGCAAAUAAUUUUAAAAGUACUGUUUAUUUCGCUGAAGCUUGUAAAAAAGUUCCUAAAAAUGUCAUAGUCAUAGAAAUAGCUCCUCACGGUCUAUUUCAAGGACUCUUAAAAUCCAGUUUAGACAGUUCAUGUAAAAUUGUUUCUCUUGCAAAACGAGGAAGCAACAGUCCUCUGAAAUAUUUUCUUACUAUACUCGGUGAACUCUAUAUCAGUGGCCUCCAACCGAAUCUCAAUGUCAUUUAUCCUCCACCAGCGUACCCUGUCUCAAGAGGUACUCCAAGUUUAGCCCCUCUUAUAUCAUGGAAUCACGAAGAUACUUGGCCAAUUAACACGCAUUAUGGCGCUGUAAGUGUUUUUAUUUUUCAAAUAUGGUAAAGUGUAAUUUUUUUACACAUUAUUUUGUGUACCUAUCUAUUUUUUUUCAGUUUAAUUUAGACUAUGUACAACUUUGUCUGCGCGAUAAGUCAUCAAGACAUCUUUUAGGACAUAAAGUUAAUGAAGCAACUGUAGUACCACUGUCAUUUUUCAUCGUAUGUUAUAAAAAAAAAAAAUAAAUUAGCAUUAAAAUUAUGUAUUAAACUAAAUUAAUUAUUUUAGACAGAAGUGCUGCGAUCGUUCGAAAAAAAUCAAUCGGGCUCCACUGAUAAAUUAUGCCAAACAGUGUUUGAAAAUGUUUUUGUACAUAAACCAUUAAUGGCUUCAGCUGAAGGUACUAUUGUAUACAACUAUUAAAUUUAACAAAAAUAUCAUAUUGACAAUGAAAUUCUCUAUCAUUAAUUCAAAUUCUUCAAUAGUGUGACGAGACUGAUUUUGUUGUAAAAUUGGGGGAGUGUUAGGUGGUAGACGAAAAAUAGAAGAAAAAGUGAGUGUAACAGAGGCAAAAAUGCUUUAGUAGACGAGUGGAGUGACGGAAGAAGAUUGGAUAAAGGAUGAAGAGAUAAAUAGUACUUAAGUAGCUUGGAUUUAUAUUAAUUAUUGUUAUUUUUUAUGGUAUCUUAUAAGUUAAGCAUGAUAUAAAUGUAUCAAUUAUUAUUAUCAUAAUUUAUUUUAGAACCAAGUGGUUUUUAUACACAAAUACUUAUCGGUUCUGGAUUAUUUGAAGUAAUUGAAACCCAAAAUAUAUUAGUAUCAGGAAUGAUAUACAUGGCUGAUACUAAUCAUCUAAUCAGUCCAGAACCACCAGCAGAUUGUGAAGUUAAUAUUGAAAAUGAAUGGAUAUCGGAUAAUGAAAUAUACAGAACAUUUUCUGAAAAUAAUAUUCAUUUUUCAAAUCCAUAUUGUACAAUUCAGAAAAUUCUAAUUAAUGAAAAAGGUAUUGUACAAAAAUUUAAUUUAAUACAUUUUAUCAUACUUGCAUUACUACAUUGUUUUUAAGUUUUUAGGUUUUCUAGCAAAUAUAGUAUGGAAAAAUGAUCUUAGUUUCAAUAUUAAUUCAAUGAUGCAAUUAAAAAUGUUUGCUGACCUUCAAUCAAACUAUGAAACACCUUUACUUCCAUCGUGGUUUAGGAGUUUAGUUAUUGACAAAGAAAAAAUGAAGAAUAUUUUUCAAGGAUCGUUAGUUUACAUUACUUUUGAUACUCGAACUAACGUUAUCAGAGGACCUGGAAUAGAAAUUGAAGUUUUAAAAACGUCCGUAUUUCCAACAAUUUGUCCACCACCUAUAAACUUGAACAUUCAAAAAGUUCAAUUUGUAGAUCAAUCUAAUCCCAAAACUAACGUAAUUUAAAUAGAUAUUUUUCUAGUCAUAUUAAUAUGAUAACAUUUUUAAUUAUUAAUAUUAUAAAUUUUAGAAUUUUACUCAAUUUGUAAGUCUAUGCGUGCAACUUACUAAAAAUACAUCAAAAACACAGUCACCAUCAAAAUUGAAAACUAAAUUAAAAAUUAAUAAUGCUAUAUUCGUAGAACUUUUCCGAAAACUUUUUCAAGUGCAGCCAUUUUUAAAGGUUAAUUCAUUUCUAUUGUGUUACUAACUACACAAAUAGCGUUAAUUAACUCAUACAACUAAUGAUUGUAUUGUUUGUUCAUUAGGCAGACGUUGAAGAAUAUCCAAAUAUCCAAAUUACAGAGUUAACGUCAAAUGAUGUGCUACUAUUAGUGACUGAAGAUUUAAAUGAGCAAAUAAAUAAAGAUAUUAAAAAAUAUCCAGGGAGGGUUUUCGUUUUAGUAAAAAAUAUGAUGGUGGAUGAUAAUUAUACUGUAGUUAUUCAGCAAGAAAUCAAUGGUGCCAUUUAUCGUUUGGUAACCCGAACAAUAAAAUUACCGAACAAGAUUUUAGAAGUUACCACCAAUAAUUCAUUAUGGAAAGACAACAUAGAACAAGGACUUAAUUCAUUCACUAAUAAUAUUUCACCAAUUGUUUUAAUUAAAACCGAAUCAGAAAGUCAGUUGCAAGUUGUACGAGAAAUUGAAAAUAUCAAAUCUUUAAUUAGUUUUAGGUAAGUAUAAUGAAUUUAAAAUAGACAAUUUAUACAUAAUUUAUAUUUUCUAUCAUUUUCAGAUAUGUAAUAUUUUCCGAAGAUUCACAGGUGUUUGAUCUGACUAAAACAUUUUUCAGAGAACAGCUAUUUAAAGGAUUACGACAAAAUAUAUUGAUUAAUAAUACCUGGGGUAGUUAUAAUGUACUUCCUUGUAUAGACUUAUCUAAAGAAUCAAAUGAUCAUAAUUUACAACGAUAUAUUAAUACAAAGAGGUUUGUAUAAAAUUAAUAUUUAAGAUUAGACAUGUUAGAUAAAAAAAAUUAAUUAUUUGUUUUUAGUGAAUUAACUAUCAAGUUCAUUGAAUCUAUAAAAGAAAACAUUAAGGUACCUAAAACACGUUUAUUAAUAUUUUAAAUGUAUAUUAAUAUUUUAAUAUUUUAGUUAUUAAUUAUAAUAUUAUAUUAAAUAUUACUACGUAAUUUUAUCUAAAUGUUUUUAAUAAAGGAAGAAGAAGUAUGUACUCAAUACUCAGGAAUAGAUAAUGAAGGCAAAAAUGUAAUGGGCAUUAUGAAGUACAAAACCAAAAAUAAGAGAUUCGAUAUUGAUAACAUUUUUAAGUGGUAUGUCAAUUCCGAAUGGACUUUGCAAGAUGCGGCAAAAUUACCAUUAGCUUAUUCAAUGGUAAAAUUAAAUUUUUGUUUAUUUAUAACUAAAUUUUAGUUACACAAUAAAAUGUUACAGGCAUAUUAUUGUUUAGUCAUCAAAGCUCGUGUUAGAUCAGGAAAUUCGAUUCUUAUACACAAUGGAUGCUCACAAGACAGUCAGGCAUUUAUUAGAGUUGCUUUAGAAUUUAAUUGUAAGGUCUACGUGACUACUUAUAACAACGACCAAUCUGACUUUCUAAAAAAUUUAUUUCCAAAGGUAAUUAAGCCGCUGUUUAAGUAACACUAAAAAUAUUUAGUUAAAUAUGGAAAAUGUUGAAUCAUUGAAAUUUAUAGUUAAACUUCGGCAACAUACUUGAUCUCAAUAAUAAAAAGUUUGAAAUACAAUUGAUGAAUUUAACAAAAGGAAAAGGAUGUAACAUAAUUAUAAACUCUAUACCGACAGAAUUCCUUUGGGCUUCACUUCGAUGUAUUAAAAAGUUUGGCACGUUUAUACACAUUGGGUCCCAAGAUAUCAAUGUUCACACUCAAAUUGGUAAGACUAGUUCAAAUAAAAAUAUAUUAUAUUAAAUUGAAUUAUAUUUAUACUUGAAAUUACUAUCUUCUUUUAUUAUUAUCAAUAGGGAUGUAUAUGUUUUUGAAAAAUAUCACGUUGUACGGUGUAAACAACUUUUUGCACGUGAUCAAUUCUUCUAUCGAAACUAAAAAUCAUAUUCAGAAGCUCGUCGAAAAUGGUAUUAAAGACAAAAUAGUCAGUCCAUUGCAUAACGAAACAUUAAAAACUGUUUCCUCAUCUAUUAAGUAAGAUACAAAUUUAUAAAAUUUAAUUGCCUAUAUAAAAUUGUUUUAAUGUAUUUUCAAAAAAUAAAUUUUCAUGUAAAUAGGGUCCAUAGUUCGGAAAAAGAGUUAAUAUCGCUUGAAACAGAUAGUUGUAAAGAUCAUAGUUUUGUAAAAAAAGACAAUUCAUACAUCAUUAUUGGUUCUAUGACAAAUCUAUGGGUUAAAACUGUAAAAUGGCUUCUUCAACAAGACGCGAAAAAGUUGAUAUUUAUUAUUAGUGGCGGCAAUUCGGGAUUGCGGAAAAGCCAAACAGCAAUAUAUUCGUUAAUCCAAGAAUAUUGUGACGUAUCGUUUAUUAUGACUUCGGCCGAAAGGUUUAAUACUAUUAAUGAGGGCGAAUCAUUAUUACGGGAAUUCACAUCUUUUUCAAAAAUCGAUGCAAUAUUUUGUGUGGAAAUGGUAGGUUAAACGGAUGUACGAGAGUUUAUAAAUACAUUUUAAUUUAUCAAUUAAAAUUUAUUAGAGUGACAUGAAAUUGAAAAACAUCGAUAACGCUAGUAGAAAUGUUUUACCACACUUGAAACAUUUCGUGUGUAUACAAAGCGAUGCGAAUGGAAUCUGCGAAUCCAGGAGAAAUACUAAAACUAAUUGCGUUAACGUGCAAUGUGACAAAUCCAUCCGAAAACCAGAAAUCGUGUUUAAGUACAUUAAAAACUUGAUACAAUCUGUAGAAGAUUCGAAACCUAUAUCGGUAGUCGUUAGCAAUCCAUCGGUAUCCGAAUGUGGUUAGUUUAUAAAACAUUUUACGUUAAAAACAUCGACAAUAUAAUAUUAAAUUAAACAUAUUAUUAUGCCAACAUAAAAAAUAAUUGCUUUCAGAAAAACUCAACUUUGAGUAUUUACCUACAACCGCCGAUGAAUUACUCGAUCUCUAUACAAAUUUACCAGAGUUCCCGCAGUUUGAAGAAUGUGUAUCCAAAGGUCUUCAGAACGUCGACAAGAAUAGUUUACUACCGGUGUUCAUUAUUCCUGGAUUGGGAGUUUCGAGAAUUAAUCCUCUAAUUAAUAAAAUCAUGCACCCGGUAUUUUGUGCUAGAUUUCCGUUCAAAGUUGAUUCUGUUGAAAACGCAGCUCUCAGUUUACUAUGGGUAAAUAACUUUUAUACUUCGCUAUUAUAUAAUAUAUGUCCUUAUGACGGGUAGGUAUAGUUAGGUAUCUAAAAUAAUAUGCACCUUUACAGCCUUUGAAAACAAUCCAAUCGGAAGGACCUUACACAAUCGUUGGCGAAACGUGGGGCGGGACUACUGCAGUGGCACUAGCGAAAAUAAUUGAAGGAUUCGGCGACACUGUAAAUCUUUUGUUAUUAGAUGGCUGCCCCUCUGAUAAUGAAAAACGUCUAACACAGUUGGACAACAUUGAUUUCGAAUUACUCAAUGAAAAUCCCGGAAAAAAGGUAUACCAUUUUUUAGUUAAAUUGUGUGUCCUAUAAAACUCAUAACUAAUAUCUAUUUAAAUAAAUUUAAUAUUUUUAGGAAGAAAUAAAUCGUUCGAUAAAUAUGUUUAUGGACAAAUUAAACACAUUAAAAGAUUUCAUUCCUAAUAACACGCAAUUAAAAGCCGACACCGUCAUAGCUAGACCGUCAACUUCGGACAUUUUGGAUUCCUGUAUAAAUUUUGAAAAAGUAUGUUUUUAGACAAAUCGAUGUAACCCAUAUAAUUUACCUGUGUAAAAUGUAUUUUUAAAAACUAUAAUAUUUAAUUUUUUUUUCCUUAUACAGAACCAUUGUGGUAAAUUAACAGUGCACAUUUCUAACAAGACAUCGUACAUUGAAUUUAUUAAUAGUCUAGAAGUCGCUACUAUUAUCAAUGAAAAUGCGUCGUUUAAGUGGUAGUACAAUAAAAUUAUAUAUUAUUUAUUUUCGAAAUAAUUUGUACAAUGUACUUGAUAAAUUAUGUUUUUACAAUUUACAAAAAACUUAUAAUUAUAUACAAAUCCUAAAAUAUUUUAAAAUAAUAUUAAAUUUAAUUACAAUUUAUAACUUAAUGUUAUGUAUAUAAAAUAGCGAGAAAUGUUGUAUAAUAUUUAUUAUUUCAUCCAACGAACGAUGGUACAUCUCUGAAUUGGAACUCAUGAGGAAUCCACGGUUCUUGUAACGCUCUAGUAAGCCAUCCAUCUAAAGGUGUCAAAUGUUUUUUUACCCAAUCUACUUGAAUUUUAGCUUUUUCCAGCCCGGUAUUAAUGAUUUCGUCCACAGAAAUAAAAUGUCUUUUGUUCUUUUGAUAAAACUCAAUAGCCUAUAAAGUGAUUGCAUAGUUACAGUCGUUAAUUUAGAGUAAUUUAGAUAUAAACAAAGAAAUCUACUAACCAUAUUCAAUCCAUCUCCUGUUCUAAAAUUACUAAAUGAACUUUUAACGAAGUAAUCCCAUACUGUUUUCUCUAAUCUAAAACAAUGUCAUAGUAAUAUAACAAUAUCGAAUUUCUAAUACUAAAAAUAUUUGUUUAAGCAAGUAAUUAGUUUCAGUAUAUUAUAUAUUUACUUAGUGCUCAGAUAUUCGAAGUUUUUCAUCAUGAAUUUAAAUAUUGUAUUGUGUCCUAUGGGUACCGAAUUCAUGACUGUCAACAUUGUUAACAUAUCUUCCUCCGAAAAUUUGUGAUCAGUACUCAUUAAUGUCAAAUUCAACAUUCUUUUACAUAUAAAAAAAAACCAUAUUUAAUUAAUGUAAAAUUACUUGACUUUUAAAUUCCACCCAUCUUACCUGACAAAUUUUGUUUCGUUUUUAGGACAACCAGCCAAUGACCUAAAUAUAAACAACCUUUCUGUCUGAGACUUAUUUUUUGGAUAGUACAUGAUCCUGUGUAAUCCGAAUUCCCACUCAUCUAGUGUUCCAUAUCCAAGAAGAGUGCAUAAAUAAUUUUCCAAGAAACUGCAAUGUUUGUCAAUAAAAGUUUAAAAAUGUAUAUUUUUAAUUGAAUUAUGUGUAGGACUAAUUAAAAUAACGUACUAUCUAUCUUCGUCUAAAUUCGAAGAAUUAGUUCUCAAUUGAACAUCCCGAGCUUCGUUCAAACAUGGUGGAUGUCCAGUUUCGCAUAACAAUCGUUUAGCUUCCACUCGGAAAUGUCCCUUCCAGCUAGAUUCAGUGUGUUCUGGCUGUUCAAGUGCAGCGUUCACUGAUUUUAACAUCUUUUUUAAAUAUUUCUGUUGUGUAUAAAAACAAAAUGUCGAUUUGAAAUUGGUAUUCAAUUUAUUGAUAAAUUUAAAACUAACGUCAAAUUUGGGUGCCACCGGUGUUCCUUGCAACUUAACACGCAACCUUUUAGCCAGUCCAAAGUACACUUUCCAAACAGCUGGCUCUGGUUCUUGCUCGAUAAAUUUACUAGCAUUGAAGGCGUACGCAUAACACAAUCUACCAGACAACGCUAAUGUCAACGAAUCAUGCAAUAACUGUUGACGAAUGUUGACGGGAAACCGUUUAUUAUACUGAGCUAUCAUUUCCCAAUUUUUUAAGUCGUAAUUUACUAUAAAUGGCCCUGAAAUAU